GUUACUUUUGCGGUAAAAGAGACUGUCGUAUUCGUUAUAUGCGUUGUUCCCCAAAUAACACUGAUUUAAAUAUUUUGAAGGAUUGAAAGAAUGGAUUUGCAGAAAAAGAAAGAAGGGAAGCGACAGUUUAAGGCUGAACAGUACAAAAAAUUUAAAGGAAACAAAAAAGAAGGACAGGGUUUUGCCGAUAAAAGAAAAAAGAAAGUACAAUAUGAAUAUCUGAAGAUGCUGAGAAAAGAAAAGAAGAAAAGAGAAAAGACGACCUUACCACACACAAGUUUUGAGGACACAGAUAUGACAGAGGAAAAGAUGGGAAUAGAAAAAAAAAUAGAGGAUAGUAGCUCAAACACUUACAGCAAGUCACAGAAACAGUUCAAUAAGAAAAAAAUGGAAAAAGAAAAGAAGAAAAAAGAAGUUUUAAAGCAGAAAAGAGAAAUUGAAUCUGCGUUAACCAACUAUAAAGAUAAGAAAUCUAAACAGUACAAAAAGUUGUGUAAAAAGACUUACAAAGGACAGCCUGUGAUGAAGAAUCGGAUAGAAAUACUUCUACAUAAAAUUCAGUCUGGAAUUGAUCAGACAUAAUAAAAAUAUAUAAUAA